AUGUUAUUCCGGCACGGAGUCAAAAGGGGUAGUGGAAUGCUGACUAGAUACUUUAGCGAGGGAUUCAAUCCGAGUCCACAAUCCAGCUCAGUAUCACCUUCGCCUUCUACCGAUGUACCUGGGUUGAGCAAUGCAGUUAUACAUAGUUCAGCUCAGCCUGUCGGCCCUAAUGUAGAUCCUAAUAAAAGUGGGGCGUAUAAAGUUCCAGAAUAUUUUUGUUACGACAAUAUGAGUUACUUUGAAGCAGAGAUAGAAAUGGCUAAAUAUCGGUUGCCUCAACCUUCUGCACUAAAGAAAUAA